AGUUUCGGAGGUCUAGUUUCUCCAUUCUUCAAGUUUAAAUUUCCCUCAAACUCUCUAAUUUUCGUACGUAACCUAAGCAUCCAACCAUUACAAGACGUGUUGGGGUUUGUUUGCAUUUCAGCAUUUGGUUUCUUUUGGAGGCCCAAUUAGAUCAGCUUCUUAUAGACACUUGUCGAUAAAUUUAUUAAACCAAGCGUUUUCCCAAGUUCCAAAAAAACACACCGAGAGAGAAAAAAAAAAUAUGGAUAGAGUAGAGAUAGAUAAGGAGAGAUUGACGGCGGAGAUGGCGUUUAAAGAUUCUUCCUCUGCCGUCAUCAGAAUUCGACAAGGGUUGCCGGAUUUUUUGCAAUCCGUGAAGCUCAAGUACGUAAAAUUAGGCUAUGGGUACUCGUGCAAUUUAUCCACAAUUCUCAUGUUCGUUCUUGUAAUACCUUUGUCCAUAGCCACUCUGGUUCACCUCGCAGGUCUAAAACUUGAGCGGCUUCCCGAGUUAUUUGCAAACCAAAAGCUUCAACUCAAUAGCUUCGACGCAGCCAGCCAAGUUGCUAUAUCAAUUACACUGGUAUUUCUCUUGGCUUUCUACUUAUCCAAGCGUUCCAGACCGGUUUAUCUCGUGGAUUUCUCGUGUUACAAGCCGGAAGAUGAACGUAAAAUGUCGGUGGAAUCAUUCCUGAAAAUGAGCGAAGAGUGUGGUGCCUUUGAAGAAGACACACUUCAGUUUCAGAGGCGUAUAGCGAGCAGGUCGAGUGUUGGUGAUGAAACAUAUUUACCAAGAGGAAUAACAUCAAAACCACCAAAUCUUUGCAUGAAAGAAGCCCGGGCGGAGGCCGAAGCAGUCAUGUUCGGUGCACUGGAUUCGCUUUUUGACAAAACUGGCGUUAAACCAAGCGAUAUCGGAAUUAUUAUAGUCAACUGCAGCUUAUUCAACCCAACGCCUUCUCUUUCUUCCAUGAUAGUGAACCAUUACAAGCUCAGAACAGACAUCAAAAGCUACAAUCUCGGCGGCAUGGGUUGCAGUGCGGGCCUUAUUUCUAUCGAGCUAGCCAGAAACCUCCUUAACGCAAACCCAAACACGUGCGCAAUUGUUGUGAGCACCGAAAACAUUACUUUAAAUUGGUAUUUCGGCAAUGACCGGUCUAUGUUGUUAUGCAAUUGUCUAUUCCGCAUGGGUGGCGCUGCUAUUCUUUUAUCAAACAAGGCUCACGACCGGUCCCGCUCCAAGUACGAGCUGGUUCAUUUAGUUCGGACUCAUAAAGGUGCUGAUGAUAAAAACUACAACUGUGUGUAUCAAAGAGAAGAUGAUAAAGGAACCGUUGGUGUUUCCCUUGCAAGAGAAUUAAUGGCUGUAGCUGGAGAUGCAUUAAAGACCAACAUAACUACUCUUGGUCCUCUUGUGUUGCCACUGACAGAGCAAUUUAUGUUCUUUGUCACGCUCGUUCGUAAAAAGCUUUUCAAAGCAAAGGUUAAGCCUUACAUACCUGAUUUUAAGCUUGCUUUUGAACAUUUUUGCAUUCACGCUGGUGGUAGAGCAGUUUUGGACGAGUUACAAAAGAAUCUGCAACUCAGUGAUUGGCACUUGGAACCCUCAAGAAUGACUCUCCACAGAUUUGGCAACACAUCUAGUAGCUCAUUAUGGUAUGAGUUGGCUUACACAGAGGCCAAAGGGCGGGUUAAUGGUGGAGACAGGGUUUGGCAGAUUGCGUUCGGGUCGGGUUUCAAAUGUAACAGUGCUGUUUGGAGAUCACUGAAAGCGGUUCCGGUUGGUGAGUGGCGGGGUAACCCGUGGGUUGACUCCAUUGAUAAGUAUCCAGUUAAGGUUCCGGUGGCUUGAAUGACCAAGUGACUAUGUUGUGUGGAUUUGUUCAUUAUUAUUCUAUUUACUUUGUAAAACUUAAUUAAUGUGAAAAUCCUGCCCGUUAAUUGGAAUAGGAAGUAGUAAUUAGUGCGAAAUUACAUUUAUUGUAACGUGUUCGUGUAAACUUAAUUACAGUCUUAAAUAAAAGGAAAUUAUUUCUAAGA